UUAACUCCCACCUCUCGCGUAAAUCUCGAAAAGUACGUGAUCCUGAUCGUACUUGACAACAUUGGGCGUCCUAUGAAACAGGCACUUGUCAAAAUGAAGUUUUGGAUAUCUUGAUUGAAUUCAAACAAACAUAAAGAAUGGAGAACGGCGUUGAACCAGAACCCGAUUUUGAUGAGGAGGCGGAGGAAUUUGCAACAAUUCAAGAAGAAGUAGAUCUUUCUGGAAACGUUUACGCGGACGGGAAGAAACUCGUUCUUGAUUUAAACGAGCAGGCGCUUAUUCGUGUUCCAUCCUCAGCAUUUCAACUAGAGGCACUAAACUCCAUCUUACUUGCUGAGAAUCAACUCACAGAAAUACCUGACGAAAUCAUAGAGUUAGAGCAUCUACAGAGUCUUGUUCUAUCGGGGAAUCGUCUAACUCAUCUGAAUUCAAACAUAUUUUCUCUGUUCAGGUUGGAAAUAUUAGAUAUAUCAAAUAAUGACAUUCAACAUCUUCCGGCGGACAUAUCCGGGCUUCCAAAUUUGACUCAACUUCUAGCAAGUGGCAAUAGAAUAUCGGAGAUUCCGUCACAAAUUGGAUACCUGGAAAGCCUUCGAUGUCUUCUUUUAAAUGAAAACAGGAUAAAAGCAAUACCGGACGACAUUUCAUGUCUACAAAAUUUAGAAGUGCUCGGUCUUGAAAGAAAUGAACUAGAUUUCUUGACACCGGAAGUUUGUAGAAUUGACGAGCUGAGAAGGUUGGGACUUUCGGGAAAUCAAAUGACAAAUUUGCCACGUGAAUUAGAGAAUCUUAUAUUCUUAGAACAGCUUCUGCUUGAUGAUAAUGAUUUCGAGUUCAUACCAAUACAAGUGUUUUGGCUGAACACCCUUCAGGAGUUGACAAUGAGUGGUAAUAGAUUGCAGAAGAUUCAACCGGAAAUAAGAAAUCUGUCUAAUCUUACAGUGCUAGGUUUGAAUGGUAACCAGUUGGAAUACCUUCCCGAUGAGAUUUGCGAAUUGUCCAAGCUUGAAGUAUUGGGUUUAGAAAAUAAUAAAUUGAAAGCUAUACCGAAGGCUAUCUCAAAACUUGCAUUUCUCAAAGAACUGUAUUUGGGAAAUAACUGCCUCACAAGUGUUCCAGAAGAUUUGUUUUGGUGUUCGAAACUGGAAGUUCUUAGUCUUUUAAGAAACAGCAUUUCUUCACUACCAGUUGAGUUGGAAAACUUAAAGGUGAUGCACACAUUUGUUCUCACCGAAAAUAAAUUCAAGGCGCUGCCGGAAGCGAUUGGCUCACUAAUGGAAUUACAGCUGUUGUCUCUCGACAAGAACAUGUUGACAAAUUUGCCAGGAAACUUUGGAGAUCUAGUGAAACUCCGACAACUAAACCUAAGCAGAAACAAUUUUAGUGUGUUCCCGAAGGAGAUCUGUCAACUUCGAUGCCUUGAAGUUCUGGAUUUUCAAGUGAACGCUAUUGAAGUUAUUCCGGGCGAAAUAGCAAAUUUGGAGAGAUUAGCAGUGUUUGACAUGGGAAAGAACAAAGUUCAGUUUUUUACCAGUGAACUGUGUACCCUUGGUCAGCUUCAAAUGCUAGACCUUGCAAAUAAUUGCAUCGAGGACAUUCCCGAAACAGUGUCAAAAUUGACCAGCCUCGUAGAGCUUAAUCUUUCAAACAACAUGUUUUUGGAAUUUCCAAAGCCAGUGAUUUCCAUCCCAAAUUUAGACAGAUUGAAAUUUGAGCAAUCCGAGGGGCAUAAAGUCCACACUCUGCCAAGCGAAAUCGAAUUUUCAAGUGUUCGUCAUCUUAUAUUAUCCAACAAUACACUCCGCACUUUACCAAACACAAUCAGCACGAUGAGAAACCUGACCGCGUUGAUUGCCGACCACAACGAGAUUCAAGAUCUCCCACCAUCUAUUUGUGAGAUGGAAGGAUUGAAAGUUUUACAUCUUAACGACAACCAACUUGCAUCACUGCCGGAAAACUUUGACAAGUUGACACAUCUGAAAGAGUUACGUCUCCACGGAAACCCAUUAAGGACGCCUCCGAUGGAUGUAUGUGUCAGUGGUGUGGUGCAACCUAUUGGAAGAUUCAUCAGACGAGCCCUAGAACGUGAAGAACUUCUGUUAAUGAAAAUGUUGGAUGUCGUGAAGAGCUUGUUAAACAAGAACGAAUUACGUUACUUGAUGAAGAAAUUCAAACUUCCGGAAGAAAAGAUAACGGAAAUCGAGCAGACGUAUUAUGGAAAGGACAAACUUCAAGAUCGUGUGUAUCAUUCUUUGCUGUAUUGGAAGGAAUACAAGGGCCCGUUAGCAACGAUUGACGAGCUUAUUCGAGUAUUUCACAUUAUAGGGUACACACAGAUCUGCGAAAAGCUCAAAACAAUGAAGAUAUACUCGCAAAGGUUGAGACUUUGAUCAUGUUAUUCUGAUUCAUACAAGAAAGAAACAACAACGAACUUAUUUUUUUUUCAACGUGAUGUAACUGUUGUUGGGGUUUUGGAUUGAAUUAAAUAUCAAAUACGUUUACAUUAUAAUUUCCAGGAUCUUUCAAACAAAAUCAAAUAGCAUUCUAUUUGAAAGAAACUGCUAUUUUCUAACUUUCAACAUUGCAAACACUAUAUUUUGAUGGGUAAACUCUAGAGAAGCCGUGCAAGUGCUUUAAUUGUUGCAAGUUGACAGUUGAACAAAGAAUAAACGUACGAGAGAAUUUGAUUUCGUGUAUAAUGAAUGUUUUAAUAUGUAUUACAACAAAUAAUACAGUUUGACCUGCCUUUCAUUUCAUACCGCGUCCAACCAGUCUUCAAAAACAAUGUUUGUUUGCACGCGGGAAGGUCCAAAUAGUAAUUACAACAGAGGUCUCUUCAGUAAGUUUCAAGUUUUUGUCAUGUUAUAAUUCGAGCCAACCGGGUCAAUUUAUUUAUACCUGUACAUGUAUUGAGUAUCUUUUACAUUUGUAAAAUUUGCUUGAAAGUUCUAGUUGCUAUCUGAAGGAUACUACUUGUAAUUUUAUGUAUGAUUUUCUAUCCCAUUAGGGUACGAGUGAAUGUGAUAAGCUAUCGAGAUCGUGUAAACAUUUCAAAUUAAAUGAUAAGUGAUUACAAACUGCAGCUAUUUAAUCGUGUUUAUUUUUCUAAAUUUAUAAAUAGUGACAUUAUAAACGUUAUAAUAGCUAACAUGUACCAUAUACACACCAUAUUAGUUUUGUAUUCAUUUCUUUUGUUGACUUUAAAGUACAUCUUUAAUGUAAUUUAUGCCGUUAGAUCUUUACAUGCUAUGAACAUUUUUGUUAAUAAGAUAUUCUAUUUAA